ACAAAGUUGACGUCGUGUUUCUGCAGACUUGACCAAACGAGUCAAAAGUCUGGAGCAGCGGGUGGCCGAGCUAGAAGGGAAGCUGACGUCCAUGCAACCUCUGUCAGCGGGUCUCACACUGCUCGGGGACGACAUCUCGUUUCUGAUGAGGAGAAUUGGCGAGAUGGAGAAGUCUAAACUGGAUCCACGGCAACAAGAGACAGUUACCAACAUACUGGAGUACAACGACACGUACUCGGGAGAUCUGAUGCUUGACAGAGCACAAGAAGUUCGGCUGUUUGAUAGCACAGAAGAAGAGAUUCAGCACGGCGAUGAAGAGUACAAAGCAAACGAGCGCACAUUUUUAGAUACAGCAAAUCUCCACCCUCUGAAUCAAAGGAAGUUUAAAAAUGAAAAUGAAAGUGAACCGGAAACGCCAACACCGUCAUCAUUUUCACUCGGUGAACUGAGUUUGAAAACAUCGUCUAAGUUCCAAUGGAAAUCAGACACAAAUUUUUCUGAACCGCCUCAAAAUACAUUGACGUCAUCUAAUUCAACGAGGACUAUGGAGUUUGAUGGCAAACUAUUUACAGAGUUAAAACCGAUUAAUUUAAGGAAGAUAACGGUUUACUCUGAUGCAACGCCGCUAUAUUUAGAUCCUAGUCAACGCGGGAUAGCUCAGUCAUCGCUAGAAAACCAACUUAACACGCAAACCAGUGACGUAGAUAAAAUGACGUCAGAGUUUACAGGGCCGAAACCGGAAGAGCUCAACCAACCAGACACUCGCUACCACCGUAAAAGAUGCAUCGGGUGUAAGAAGGUUAACAAAGUACCACCACCUCCGCCCCUGCCCCCUGCGGAAGUCAUCGACGCCAUUCUCUUUAAACACAACAACACGCGAGGUUUAAAAAUGGGGCAGAGAGAGUUUUACAAGCUGGUGGUCACCUCUCUAGUUAAAAUCCCCGAGUACUCCGCGAAGUAUAAAGACAAACUUAAUUCCUUCUCUGCAGGUGAUGAAGCGAAGGAAAAUCUGACCAGUGGCGUAGCAGACGCGAGAACGCCGGACGCAGACUAUGAAGUAGACACUGAACUCAAAGGUUUGCUCGAAGAACUCAACACCGAUACUUCACAGACCAACACCACAGGUGAACAUCAGACGACGGAUAAUCCGGCGGUCUACCGGGAGGUAGUUCAAGGUCACAGUAACGCUCAGAAUUCCAGUAGCUACCUUCAGCCUUUGAUGGCCUUUCUCCGGAGUGGGGGUCAGGGGUUGAUGCAGGUGGAUCUUGUGGUGCUGCUCUGCGCUGUCCUCUUGCCCGUUGUGUUUACUUUGCAAGCUGUGUGAGUGCUUGCACUUCCUGACGACAAACGCGCGUUAUGUAAGCUGGGAAGAUCUUUCUUACCCAAAGAUUGAUCUUGUGUGUCAAUAUUCAUUAAUACAAAAUGGAUAUUACGCAAUCUGUGAAGAUCUUGGUUCCCAAAGUCUGACUGGUACACAUGUAAUUAGUAACGAUCUUCAUUUUCAAAGAUUCACAUGCAUUUUCUAAAGAUUUUUAUUACUGAAGACUGUCCAACAGACUUGUCAUUUGUUAAAAAGCUUUGCUAUCAAAGACUGAUACACGUGCACUCUGUGAAGAUCUUUGCUAUCAAAGACUGAUACACGUGUAAUUUAUGAAGAUCUUUUGAUCAAAGACUGUCCGAUACACGUACGAUUUGUAUGUUAUGAAAGACUUCGAGGCGACUGUAUCACUUAAGCUGUCCUAACCACUAUCCCCGAUGUAUUUAUAGAUUGUUACGUCAGACCACCAUUCCAGGGUCCGGGGGCGUGUCUAGAGAGUGGCACCACAAUAUCCCUUACCUCACCCCACCUGAACAUACAUGCUUCAAAUUUAGAAACAGCGUAUUUCAAAAUACCGUUAUUUCAGCUGUAUAUGAUUAAUUAGCUUCACUUAUUAUGCUGUUAUGAUUCAUUAUAUCAGAUGUAUAUAAUCACGUAAUUUCAUUUAUCAUAUUGUUAUAAUUCAUUAUAUCUGUUGUAUAUAAUUACGUAAUUUCAUUUCUUAUUAUAUUGUUAUAGUUAGUGCAAAUGUGAUG